AUGAAAGCUGUUCUUGCUAUUAUCUUCUUUGCCUGCAUUGCUGGCUCCAUGGCUGCAGAUGCUCGUCUCCAAGCUUUUGAAGGAAUUAUUGCACAAGGUCAAGCUAUGCUUACCAGUAUCUUAGCUCAAGUCCAAACACAAUUCGUUGGUCUUGCUCAACAAGCUCUUGGUCAACUCCAAAGCCUUGUUAGCUCACUUGGUGGCCGAUUCGAUUUCGACUUCCAAAAUGUCCUCAAACCCCUUUUAGCUCUUCUUAAUGGAGGUGCUAACAACGUUCUUCAACAACUUACUGGUGCUCUUGCUGGUCUUCUCACUGGUCGUGCUUUACCUAACAUUGGAGCAAUCUUCACCGAAUUCUACAAUCAAGUUGCACCAGCUAUCACUGGACUUGGUCAACACUUCCUUAACCAAGGUUUAUCUGCUGUUCUUGGUGCCCUCGGUAGUCUUGGUGGAGCUCGUGCCAUUGGUGAUCUCUUCGCUGGUCUCUCACAACAAUUCAGCAACAUGCUUCAAACAGCUCAAGGUGCCGUAUCAGGCAUUGUAGGCAGUCUCCAAACAAUUGGUUCAAACCUUCUUGAUGCCUCAAAACCACACUGGGAACAACUUCAAGAACAACUUGUUGGUCAUGGUCUCAAUGUUCUUGGUUCACUCUCGGAAACCAUCAACAACCUUCAUGGUUCAAUCACUGGUGGUCGUUAA